AUGGCUGAUGACAACUACACUCAUGCUAGACUGAAAGGGCGCCUAGGUACAUCUGGCCCAAGGCCACGGCCACUUCAUCUGCAGGCGGGUCGAGUCUUGGUGCUCAGUUACGCUGAAAAGCUGCAUCAGACGGCCAGACGAGGCUGCUGCUACCUUGUCUCUGAUACUCCUCGCAGGAUGUGGAGGCCAAGCUGGUUGGGUUUGGGGAGCGAAGGCUUCCUGACCCAUCUCCUUUUCUUUGGCUUUUCAGGUGUUGGCAAGACCACCUUGAUCCAAAAAGCCAGCGAGGUCCUGCAGUCCUCCGGGGUGCCCGUGGAUGGAUUUUAUACUCAGGAAGUCAGGCAGGGAGGGCGAAGGAUCGGAUUUGAUGUCGUCACCCUGUCUGGGGCUCGGGGGCCUCUGUCCAGAGUUGGGUCACAGCCUCCACCUGGAAAGCCCGAGUGUCGAGUGGGGCAGUAUGUGGUGGACCUGGCUUCUUUUGAGCAGUUGGCACUACCUGCCCUAAGAAACGCUGGUCCCAGCUGUGGCCCCGGGUACAGAGUGUGCAUCGUCGAUGAGAUUGGGAAAAUGGAGCUGUUCAGCCAGCCUUUCAUCCAGGCAGUCCGCCAGACGCUGUCCGCGCCAGGCACGGUUGUCCUUGGCACCAUCCCAGUUCCCAAAGGGAAGCCGCUGGCCCUGGUGGAGGAGAUCAGGAACCGGCGUGACGUGAAGGUGUUCAAUGUCACCAAGGAGAACAGAAACGGCCUCUUGCCCGAUAUUGUGACCUGUGUGCAGAGCAGCCAGGCCUGAAGCGGCAGCUGUGUGCGUCCAGGUUUGCUGCUUUGGCGUCAACAGGCCU